AUGACGUUGGCCAGGCGCAUCGUUCCUAUCGAUACCGGUCUAGACAUAGGCUGGACCGAAGCGAAUGGCUGCCCGCUUAUCACUAUUACAGAUUCGGUGGUGAUGCGUUUGAUCGACACGUUCUUUCCGUGGCCUCUCCGACCCCUCUUCUUACAUCAGGAGCUUAGCCCUUUUCUCCCAUCUAUAAAGAGGACGCUGGAUCCGGCCAUCCCCUCGAAAUUCCUUCAUUCAUCCAUCCCCAAUACUCUCUCCACUCUUCCAGUCUCUCUCCACUCCUUCAGCUCUCGCAGCAUCUCCUCCUUCACACUACCAGACCACUCACUUACUUCCAUUCGUCCGAGAAUAACCGAGAACCAUUCCGGCCCUGUUUCUCAUGCCAGCGACCAGACGGAAACCGAGAGCCAGUCCUCUACUCAACUACGUGAACGAUCCGGAAGCCAGUCCUCUACUGCCAGCCGCACUCAGCUGGGCGAGAGCUUCUCCACUCUGCCCAGUGGCUUUCUUUAUCUAGGCCAUGACGCCCCCAGGGUCUCCAGCCCCAGGGUUUAA